UUUAGAAACCACAAGCAGCUCAGGAUGAAGGUCUGUCACACUUUGAUCUGCUUCUUUCUCCUCACAGCUCUGCAGGAUGGAGAAACUGUGAGAACUUACACAAGGAAGGAAGGAGAAAACAUCCUGGUUACAUGUGAAUUUGGUCUCUCUGGAAACAGGAAGUUGCUCUGUAAGGAAGUAUGUGAAGAAAAAAACAUUCUCAUUGACACAACUGAAGACAGAGCUUGGAGAGACAGAUACAGCAUUAGGUAUGAAAAAAGAGGUAAACUGUCAUCUGAACUUAUGUAUGUGAGCAUCAAAGAGUUGAAACAGUCUGACUCAGGACGGUACCGGUGUCGCUCGGAUAAAUGGACUGGAUCUCUAUAUGAUGAUUUUGAACUUGUUGUGACAGAAGCCUCCACAACAACAGCAACACCUUCUCCAUCCUCCUCUGAAACCAACAAACUCUCUGAGAAAUCAGCUGCAGCUUCAGGUCUGCAGCUUUAUGUGGGUCUGACUCUGGUCGUCAAGAUCAUCUUGUUAUCAACACCUCUGGUGAUUUUCUGCAGGAAGAAGAGGGUCCCGAAAACCAAUGAUCCUGCUGUAGAAUCAGAAUAUGCUGUCGUCUCUCAUGACCAACCCAGAGAGGGAGGAAAUCAGAGAGGAGGACAAACAGAACCGUUCAUCUGCUGAGGAAACAUCUUCAGUUUAGACCUGAACUAAACUCUGUGAAACAAUCAGAGCUCAAAGUACAGAUGAGGAAAAUGUUGUAUAACUUUUUCACAAAACAAAAUAAAUAAAAACUGUUGCAGGAUUCUAAGUUUCUGCCCAUUAACAGUAACAUGUUUCCUAAACAGACAAUAAUUCUGCUUCAUUGUUCAUCAAGAAUAUUUGAAGUCUAUGAUUAAAAAAGCUCUCACGUC